AUGUCUGCGCACAUCUCGAUCGCCAAAGCCUCUUUCAGCGCAUCACUUCUGCGACCGGACGUGACGAAAGUGUCCCGCGACGACCUCUUCGUUUUCCACGAUGCCUUCGAGGCCAUGCUCACCAUAUGCUCGAGUCACAAUGUACAGACGUGCAAACAAUGGCUGUUGGAGAAUGUCGUCGUCUCAACAGGGAGGACAACAGCCCUUGGGAAGUACCUAGUCACUCUGUCCAGGCACUUUGCCAACCAAGACGAUGAAACCACCCAGACGAACCUAUCCUGCCGACAACGGCUUCAUAUUCUCUACCUUGUCAAUGACCUCCUCCACCACGGCAAAUAUCACGCGCACGACCAAAGCGUGCAAAGCACCUUGACACAGUCUCUGCAGCCCUUUGUGGUUGAGCUCGUCAGACUCAGUGCGUCUAAGUCGGGAUCUCACGUCGCCAGGCGCCUAUCGGAUGUGAUCGAUAUCUGGGGAGAAGAACAGUAUUUUGUGCAAGAAAUCAUCACGCAAUUGCAAGGUGCAUUGACUGGCACAACCCAAGAAACAGCGCCUGGAACAGAACCGACAACGCAAGCAAAGGAAACACCCUAUGUUCUUCCACCAACACACGGAGACCCCUCAUCGCCCUAUUUCGAUCUUCCUGCGGGCAAUCUCAUGCGGCACAUUGUCCCGAACAGCUCCCAGCCAAUGAGGGUUGACGAAAUACGGGCUUUGCAACUCUCAGCUGGUCCGGCGGACGAUAGCCUGGUGAAUGCGCUGAAGGACUUCCUCAAGGACGUCGACGGCAUUAAGCGGUCUUUUUCGAAACUGGAAGAAGCAGGCCUCUCCCCUGAGUUGGACGAACUGGGCCAAAUCUCAUACCAUGACGAGGCCGGUGACUUGGUCGGCGACACGUACUAUGGAUGGUCGAGGGCAUUUUGUGAAAAAAUGAAGAAGCGUGGCAGACGUGGGUCCGAGGGGUCUUCUCAGCGCUCAAGAUCCAGAAGCACUCGCAGCCGAAGCAUCACCCCUCGAAAGCGUAGACGGCGCAGUAAUUCCAGUCGUGGACGGUCUCGAUCAUCGGGCUCUUACAGCAGGUCUCUUUCCAGACCUAGAUAUGAUGGGCAACAGAAGACAGGAAGCCGGAACGGAAGUCAUUCACGCUCAAGAAGUGGUUCGUAUUCCCCGCAGUACACCCCAGAGCCAGUGCACGCUCUGAGAAGUGAGCGGGCGAGGACGAAUGUCAGUUCAGGCCUUCCCCCAGUCGCCUCACCACCAAACCUUCCGCCGCCCGCAGCAGCACCUCCAGCAUCAAUCGGCGUGCCGUUCCCAAUUCUCCCAUUCGCGCCUCCAGGCGUAUCCGUGCCACCGCCACGACCACCUCGCUGGGUUGGGCCGUGGCCACCCCCUCCUCCGCCUCAGUUUUCUCAGGGGCUUGCAGGCUACCAAAACCUGGCGUUUCCACCUCCCCCGCCGCCCAAUAUCCCCUACCCGCCUGCGAGUUGGCCUGCCUACCCCAAUGUGCCGCCUGGGCAGAAUCACCACUAUGCUGGGGGCCGGCAAUAA